AUGUCCACUCCCACACUUUGCAUCGCACCUGCCUUGCAAGUUGCCGCGCCUGGCCUUGCCAUUUUCUUCUUGGACGCACCGGCACAGCACAUUUACUUCAGGUCCCAUUUCCGCCCAUUUUCGCCCACCCCAAGUUCAGUUACCUCCAGGUACUCGCUUUUCCCCGUUCAUUCGGUUCUUUCCCUUCUGCGUCCACUUCCAUGUCCGUCCACCCGGCCCGCCGUUCAGUUCCUAUCCACACUGCACCUUCCCUUCCCCUUCCCUCACCUUUAUCCACACUUCCCACUUCACAUCGUUUCCUCCCCCCGAACCCCAGCUUCCCUCCUACAUCUCAUUCUCAUGACUCGGAUCCUCUCCUAA